AAUCGUUGAAGCAUCUGGCGGUUCAGAAUCCGCCACGUGUCCAGUACGCCACGUGAGUAUCCGACGUGUCAUAUGCCCUCGCCCGAAAUUUGAUACGCCCCUUUUAUUUUGCUUUAGGGCACUUUUCACUCUGCACACAAAACCCAAAAGCUCUACGGACCGGAAAAUCUCUGCUCGCCGUCACUUGUACAUGAGCUAAAGCGUCGGAGGUUGAAAGAAUUUUCAUUUUCCUGUAGCAGGAAUGGAUGUAGAUGCGGAAGAAGAUGCGAGAAUGGAGGAGAAGGUAGUGUUUAUGUGGGGAUAUCUGCCGGGGGCGCUGCCGCAGAGGACGCCGAUGUCGUCUCCGGUGGUGGUGCGGCCGCCUCGAGGCGGAGGCUCGUGGAAGGACGUAUGUGGCGGGGGGUGUGGUUUUGCCAUGGCUAUAUCGGAAUCAGGGAAGCUCAUUACCUGGGGAUCGACGGAUGACUUAGGUCAAAGCUAUGUGACAUCUGGGAAACAUGGGGAAAUGCCAGAGCCUUUUCCACUUCCCAAUGAAGCCAUUAUAGUGAGAGCAGCUGCUGGUUGGGCACAUUGUGCUGCUGUAACAGCGGAUGGGGAAGUUUACACAUGGGGAUGGAAAGAAUGUAUUCCUUCUGGAAAGGUGUUCGGGGACCCUUCCACGGGGUUGGCCAUGGAGAAGGAUGCCUCCGAGAAGCAAAGGUUAAUGUUGACUGAGCAAGUGAGCCCUCAUUCUAUUGGCUCAAGAUCCAGUGGCGGGUCAUCAUCGGGUGGGGACAGUAGAGGAGCUGAUGAAACAUCUAAGCGGAGACGAGUAUCGCCAGCUAGACAGAUUGCCGAAAGCUCAUCAUCUGGUGAUGAGAGCCUUUCGGCAUUCCCUUGUUUGGUUUCGCUGAACCCGGGUGUAAGGAUAACUUCAGUUGCUGCUGGCGGUAGACACACAUUGGCGCUGUCAGAUACAGGACAGGUGUGGGGUUGGGGCUAUGGAGGUGAGGGGCAACUAGGAUUGGGAUCACGGAUUAGAAUGGUGUCCUCUCCUCACCUGGUACCCUGCAUUGAUUCAUCUUUCAACAAGGAUCGGUUGAUGGGCCUUUCUCGUGGAACUAUGGGUUCAGAAGGUCAAGGUUACAGAGUUCCUGGAAGUUACGUAAAAGCUAUUGCGUGUGGAGGUAGACACAGUGCAGUAAUUACAGAUGCUGGUGCACUGCUAACCUUUGGUUGGGGAUUAUAUGGGCAAUGUGGUCAAGGAAGUACUGAUGAUGAGCUAAGCCCUACUUGUGUCUCUUCCUUACUUGGGAUCAGGAUAGACGGGGUUGCUGCAGGGCUUUGGCACACCAUCUGCAUUUCUGCUGAUGGUGAUGUUUAUUCUUUUGGGGGAAAUCAAUUUGGUCAGUUAGGAACUGGUGCUGAUCAAGCUGAGACUUUGCCCCGACUGCUAGAAGCCCCAAGUCUGGAAAAUGUUCAUGCAAAAAUCGUAUCCUGUGGAGCUCGCCAUACUGCAGUAGUUACAGAGGAUGGAAAAACGUUCUGCUGGGGUUGGAACAAGUAUGGUCAGCUAGGCUUGGGUGAUGUGAUUGACCGAAAUACCCCUUGUGAAGUUACAUUGGACGGGCACAUGGCAAGAAACGUGGCAUGCGGGUGGUGGCACACACUUCUUCUGUCAGAAUCACCAACCUGAAAGAAUUCAUAACUGCCCGGGUAACAAUUUUGUUAGGUUUAGAGAGUGACUAGUUUACACUUGUCUGUGUUAUAUGUAUAUGCAAGUACAGUAGCUUUGGGACUUAUGCAUGUAUCCAUGUCUAUGUACUCAUUCUUUUGGGCUAGUCCAGAGUGACUCGGUAAAGCCUGUUGAUCGAGUGAGUCGAUAGAACCGUGUGCUGGUGGAAAUUGUCUGCACUACAAAAUGUCUUGUAAAUUUUCGGUGAUGCUUGUUUAGCUCUGCGCGGAUAAUGUUGUGCAUCUUUUAAAAUACAAUCCGAAUCUUUCACAUUUUAGGUGUGCUUUGUAAUGAAAUUGAGGUCCGUUCUAGUUAGUUUGGUUUCUUGUUUUCCUGUGUUGUAAUCCAAUUACAUUUUGAAUGUAAAUUUGGGUGGUCCAAUAUUAUACGAAACAUAAAACUUGAAAGCAUCUAAUCCACGAUCGGUUUCCAAUCCCAAUAGUUUCAAUUCUGGAUUCUAAUUGAGAAUAAUUGUAAAAUUCGAUGGUACCAAAAGUUGGGACCUGACUUCAUAUUUCCAACACACUGCA